UAUAUUCCUUCAAAAACUCCUCACACUCUCCUGUCCCCCUCAGCCCCUGUGACCACUAGUCCAACAUACUCUCACUUUACUCAAAACACACUCUCCCUGUCUCUCCCUCUCUAUGUUUACUCUGCUCUCCUUUCCCUUCUACACAUGCACCUUUUCUUAUAGUUCUUCAGAGAUCUCUCAUCACCUUCAAUGGCAAUAAGCCCAGUGGUUACUAUCUCUCUAUAUUAACUUUAUAAGAAUCCUUUUCUUUUUACUACUCUUGAGAGUCAACUCAUUGGCUUACAAAACUUUUUCCAUAUUUUGUUUUUCUGAGGAGAGCUUGGUUCUGGGGCCAUAAUGGCAGAAACCACAGAAGCUAAUAGACCAUCAUUGCCAGAAGCAGAGAAGAAGAAAGAGCAAAGCUUGCCAUUCUAUCAGCUUUUCUCAUUUGCUGACAAAUAUGAUUGGUUACUUAUGAUCUCUGGUAGCAUAGGAGCCAUUAUUCAUGGCUCUUCAAUGCCUGUUUUUUUCCUCUUGUUUGGUGAAAUGGUUAAUGGGUUUGGCAAGAACCAAUCUGAUUUGUAUAAAAUGACUCAUGAAGUCUCCAAGUACGCUCUCUAUUUUGUGUAUCUUGGUAUUGUUGUGUGCCUAUCAUCCUAUGCAGAGAUUGCAUGCUGGAUGUACACUGGAGAAAGGCAAGUGAGUACAUUGAGAAAGAAGUAUUUAGAAGCAGUUUUGAAACAAGAUGUUGGAUUCUUUGACACAGAUGCUAGAACUGGGGAUAUUGUCUUUAGUGUCUCAACUGACACCCUUCUUGUCCAAGAUGCCAUUAGUGAGAAGGUGGGGAAUUUUAUACAUUAUUUAUCUACAUUUUUAGCCGGGCUAGUGGUUGGUUUUGUGUCCGCGUGGAGGCUGGCAUUGCUAAGUGUAGCAGUGAUACCAGGAAUAGCUUUUGCUGGGGGUUUGUAUGCUUAUACUCUCACUGGACUCACGUCCAAGAGCCGUGAAUCUUAUGCGCAGGCCGGUAUAAUUGCUGAGCAGGCUAUUGCGCAAGUUCGGACAGUUUACUCUUUUGUUGGUGAGAGCAAAGCCCUGAGUUCUUAUACAGAUGCAAUACAAAACACGUUGAAGCUUGGAUACAAGGCUGGAAUGGCCAAAGGUUUGGGGCUGGGAUGUACCUAUGGAAUAGCAUGCAUGUCAUGGGCCCUUGUAUUCUGGUAUGCUGGUGUUUUUAUCAGGAAUGGACAGACCGAUGGAGGGAAAGCAUUCACGGCCAUUUUCUCUGCAAUUGUUGGUGGCAUGAGUCUGGGCCAGUCGUUUUCUAAUCUUGGUGCAUUUAGCAAAGGUAAAGCAGCUGGAUACAAAUUGAUGGAGAUUAUCAAGCAAAGGCCUUCCAUAACUCAAGAUGCCGUAGAUGGGAAAUGCCUGGCUGAGGUUAACGGAAAUAUAGAAUUCAAGAGUGUAACAUUCAGUUACCCAUCCAGGCCAGAUGUUAUUAUAUUCCGUGAUUUCUCAAUCUUCUUUCCUGCUGGAAAGACCGUUGCUGUUGUUGGUGGCAGUGGAUCAGGAAAAAGCACUGUUGUCUCUCUAAUAGAGAGAUUUUAUGAUCCUAAUCAGGGGCAAGUUUUGCUGGAUAACGUGGACAUAAAAACCUUGCAAUUAAGAUGGCUACGUGAUCAGAUUGGGUUGGUGAACCAAGAACCUGCACUGUUUGCAACUACUAUACUCGAGAACAUACGAUAUGGAAAGCCUGAUGCAACAAUGGACGAAGUGGAAGCUGCCACUUCUGCUGCAAAUGCUCAUAGCUUCAUUACUUUGCUUCCUAAUGGAUACAACACUCAGGUGGGAGAGCGAGGAGUCCAACUCUCAGGUGGCCAGAAACAGAGGAUUGCAAUUGCUAGAGCUAUGUUGAAGAACCCGAAGAUCCUGCUUCUUGAUGAAGCAACCAGUGCUCUUGAUGCAAGUUCUGAGAGCAUUGUUCAAGAAGCAUUAGACCGCCUCAUGAUUGGAAGAACAACUGUAGUUGUUGCGCAUCGACUCUCCACCAUUAGAAAUGUUGAUACGAUUGCAGUUAUUCAGCAAGGGCUAGUUGUUGAGACAGGAACCCAUGAAGAACUCAUUGCCAAAGCAGGAGCAUAUGCUUCUCUAAUCCGAUUCCAAGAAAUGGUGAGAAAUAGAGACUUUGCUAACCCAUCCACUCGCCGGUCACGCUCAUCACGACUAAGCCAUUCACUUUCAACAAAGUCUCUAAGCUUGCGGUCUGGCAGUUUACGAAACUUGAGCUAUUCAUACAGCACUGGUGCUGAUGGCCGUAUUGAGAUGAUCUCAAAUGCUGAAACUGACCGUAAAAACCCCGCACCUGAUGGCUAUUUCUGCAGGUUGCUAAAGCUGAAUGCUCCUGAAUGGCCUUAUUCGAUAAUGGGUGCUGUAGGAUCCGUGCUUUCUGGGUUUAUAGGUCCAACCUUUGCUAUUGUGAUGAGCAAUAUGAUUGAAGUUUUCUACUAUAGAAACCCGGCCUCCAUGGAAAGGAAGACAAAAGAAUAUGUUUUUAUAUACAUUGGUGCUGGUCUUUAUGCUGUCGUUGCAUACUUGAUUCAGCAUUACUUCUUCAGCAUUAUGGGAGAGAACCUCACUACAAGAGUGAGGAGGAUGAUGCUUGCGGCAAUUUUGAGGAAUGAAGUUGGAUGGUUCGAUGAAGAAGAGCAUAACUCAAGCCUAGUUGCAGCUCGAUUAGCUACCGAUGCUGCAGACGUAAAAUCUGCAAUAGCUGAGAGGAUAUCCGUCAUACUACAAAACAUGACUUCUCUCCUCACUUCAUUCAUAGUUGCUUUCAUAGUAGAAUGGAGGGUCUCCCUUCUCAUUUUAGCCACCUUCCCUCUUCUCGUCCUCGCCAACUUUGCCCAGCAACUCUCUCUCAAAGGAUUUGCUGGAGACACAGCCAAGGCCCAUGCAAAGACUAGCAUGAUUGCUGGUGAGGGGGUGAGCAAUAUCCGAACUGUUGCAGCCUUCAAUGCCCAAGGCAAGGUCCUCUCUCUGUUCUGCCAUGAGCUUCGUGUUCCGCAGCUUCAUAGCCUACGUCGAAGUCAAACUUCUGGCCUCCUCUUUGGCCUCUCUCAGCUUGCUCUUUAUGGUUCUGAAGCUCUUAUUCUGUGGUACGGUGCUCACCUUGUUAGCAAAGGGGUUUCCACAUUCUCAAAGGUCAUUAAGGUUUUCGUGGUACUGGUCAUCACAGCUAAUUCAGUUGCAGAAACUGUUAGUCUUGCCCCUGAGAUUAUUAGGGGUGGCGAAGCUGUUGGUUCUGUUUUUUCAAUUUUGGAACGUUCUACUAAGAUUGACCCUGAUGAUUCUGAGGCUGAGCCUGUUGAAUCACUUCGUGGGGAAAUUGAACUUAGACAUGUUGAUUUCGCAUACCCUUCUCGACCUGAUGUGCCUGUGUUCAAGGACUUGAACCUUAGAAUCCGAGCUGGCCAAAGCCAGGCCCUUGUUGGUGCUAGUGGGUGUGGAAAAAGUUCAGUGAUCUCGUUGAUUGAACGAUUCUAUGAUCCUAUGGCGGGGAAGGUUAUGAUUGAUGGGAAGGAUAUUCGACGAUUGAAUUUGAAGUCUCUUAGGCUUAAAAUUGGAUUGGUGCAACAAGAGCCAGCGCUAUUUGCAGCAAGCAUUUUCGAUAACAUUGCCUAUGGAAAAGACGGUGCAACUGAAGCUGAAGUAAUUGAAGCCGCUCGAGCUGCCAAUGUGCACGGGUUUGUUAGUGCAUUGCCUGAUGGAUAUAAAACGCCAGUUGGUGAGAGAGGAGUUCAGCUGUCUGGGGGUCAAAAACAAAGAAUCGCAAUAGCUAGGGCUGUUCUUAAGGACCCAGCAAUCCUACUACUGGAUGAGGCUACAAGUGCACUUGAUGCCGAAUCAGAAUGUGUGCUACAAGAAGCACUCGAGAGGCUAAUGAGGGGCCGAACCACAGUGCUUGUGGCUCAUCGUUUAUCCACCAUUAGAGGGGUGGAUAGCAUUGGAGUUGUGCAGGAUGGGCGGAUUGUGGAGCAAGGCAGCCAUUCCGAACUGGUUAGCCGGCCCGACGGGGCUUACUUUAGACUUUUGCAGCUACAGCACCAUCACAUAUGAGAGAGCAUUUUGAUUGAAGCAGCAUGGCCUUGUUGAUUGUUAAUUAUGUUUGGGGUUCCAUUAACCUUGUGUUUCUAUUUUUCCUUCUUUUUUUUUUGGACGAUGAUGACAGUUGUAGAUAUGGUAAUGUGGAGACUACAUCUUGAAGAAAACUAUCCCAUCUCCAGAUGGGGUAGCAUAUGUUUAAAUAUAAAUAUCUAAGGGUGCAUAUCCAUGUUGUCUA